UUUGAGGUAUAAAACUGAAAGUUCUGAUCGCAAACAACACAAAAGUUAUUCUCGAUUAGAAGAGUGAUGAUCAAAAGAACUGUGCUAGCUAUAGCCCUUGUGGUGUCUAGCGGAUUUGUGGACGCUGGCCCGUAUGGCUCUUAUGGUGGUGGUGGAGCUGCGGCAAGUGCAAGUGCAAGCUCUGCAGCAUCAGCAAGCAGCUUUGGCGGUGGAUAUGGAGGUGGCGGUGGAGGAUGUGGUGGUGGCGGUGGAUGUGGUGGAGGAGGCGGUGGCGCUGGAGGUGGUGGAAACCCCUUUCUAAGUGGAGCGGGAGUCUUAUCUCCUGGAUUGAAAAAGGAUUUUAAUAUUGGAGUUGGCGGUAAAGGUGGUUUACUUGGCACAGGCUUACUUGGUGGCGGUGGCGGCGGAGGUGGUGUCUUCCUUGGUGGAGGUGGACUUCAUGGAUCAGGCUUAUUAAAGGGAGGAGGAGGAACUGGAUCGAAUGGUGGCUGCGGUGGACCUGGAAGUGGAUGUGGUGGUGGCGGUGGUGGUGCUGGUGGUGGCGCUGGAGGCGGUGCCGGUGGCGCUGGUGGUGCUGGUGCUGGAGGUGGUAAUGGAGGAUAUGGCGGUCCAGGUGGUCACGGAGGAUUAGGUGGCGGAGCUGGUGGAAAUGGAUUUGGAGGAGAAGCUGGUGGUGCCGGUGCAGGUGGUGCUGGAGGCGGUGCGGGCGGAGCAGGUGGCGCCGGAGCUGGCGGUGGUGCUGGUGGUGCAGGAGGUGCAGCAGGUGGUCAUGGUGGAUAUGGAGGUGGUGCCGGUGGUAACGGUGGCGCCGGUGCUGGUGGUGCAGGAGGAGGUGGAGGUGGUGGUGGCGCUGGAGGUGCUGGUGGAGCUGGUGGCGCUGGUGGAUAUGGCGGACAUGGUGGAUUUGGUGGUGGAGCAGGUGGCGCUGGUGCUGGUGGUAGUGCAGGCGGAGCAGGUGGUGCCGGUGCCGGAGGUGGUGCAGGUGGCUCUGGAGGUGCUGGUCAUGGUGGUUAUGGAGGUGGCGCUGGUGGUGCUGGAGGUGGUCGAGGAGGUUAUGGCGGUGGUGCUGGUGGUGCAGGUGGUGCUGGCGGUGGUGCUGGUGGUGGUGCUGGUGGUGCCGGGCAUGGAGGAUAUGGAGGCGGUGCUGGUGGCGCUGGAGGUGGUCACGGAGGUUAUGGCGGUGGUGCCGGAGCUGGUGGCGCUGGAGGAGGCGCAGGUGGCGCUGGAGGUGGUGCUGGAGGCGGUGCUGGAGGGGGUCACGGAGGUUUCGGUGGUGGUGCUGGCCAUGGUGGAUUUGGAGGUGGAGCAGGUGGCGCUGGUGCCGGUGGAGCUGGUGGUGGUGCUGGGGGCGGAGCUGGCGGAGGUGGUAAAGGUGGUUACGGAGGAAGACCAGGUGGUCAUGGUGGAGCUGGAGGUCCCGGAGGCCCUGGACUCGAUACAUCUGGAAACUUAUUCUUAGCAGGCAAACCAAGUAAAAUCGCCCAAUUGUACACUCCUCCUUCGGCUGGUGGAAGUGCACCCUCAUCUGGAGCAGGUAAUCCAUUUACCGGUGGAUUUGCAGGUGCAAAUGCUGAUGCAUCUGCUUCUGCCCAAGCUAAUGCUAUAAGUGGAGGAGGAUUCCCAAGUGGCAGACCAGGCGGUGGAAAGCAUGGAGGAGGCGGUUUCCCAAGUGGUGGGCCACAUGGUGGAGGAUUUCCAAGCGGGGGACCACAUGGUGGAGGAUUCCCUGGCAGCGGUCCAUCUCCUGGUUGUGGUGGAGGUGGUUGCGGCGGUGGUGGUUCUGGUGGUGGUUGUCGUGGUGGAUCUUGCGGUAAUGGCGGUGGUGGCGGAGGAGGCGGUUGCUCAAGUGGAAAUUGUGGUGGUGGAUCUCCUGGUGGAGGUGGUGGCGGUGGAUCACCAGGAGGCGGAGGCGGAUAUGGAGGCAGACCAGGUGGUGGUAGCGGUGGAGGUGGUGGUGGUGGAUUUGGUGGAGCAUUUAGUAAUGCAAAUGCACAGAGUUCAAGCUUUGCCGGAGGUGCUGGUGGUGGAUUUGGAGGUGGUCCUGGUGGUGGUGGUGGAUAUGGAGGAGGCCCUGGAGGCGGAGGUGGAGGUUACGGAGGCGGUCCAGGACGUGGUGGUGGUGGUUCAGGUGGUGGAUGUGGAGGAGGCGGCGGUUGCGGUGGAGGUGGUAAUGGUGGUGGUGGCCAAAAUGGUGGAGGAGGCUGUGGUGGAGGAGGCUGCGGAGGAGGCGGCGGUGGAGGUGGUCAUGGAGGUGGUGGAGGCGGCUAUGGGGCAUUUGCUGGCGCAUCUGCUUCAGCAUCAGCUUCGGCAAAAAGUGGAAGCUAUGGAAAGUAAAAAUUCAUUUUUUUACUUAAACUUAAAAAUGUAGAAUUUUAAGCAAAUAGUUUUAGUAUUAAGUAUUUAGUUCGACACGAAACUAGUUUUGGCUGUAAAUAAACAAUUCAUUACAAAAUGAAAACGAAUAAAAAAAAAACAUGAAAAACGAACUUAAUUGUUAUAUA